CCUCGAUCUUCAAUGCGCGCAGGCAGUUGCUUUCCAACUUGUCUCCCAUUUGAUCUCUUCUCCUUCUCUCUCUUAAUUUCCCAAGCCAUGGCCACCAUUUUCUUCAGCUUAUUCAAGCUACCACUCUUCUUUUUGCUUUUUAUUCUUCCCUCUGCAAAUUCAGUUUCUUUCAAAAUAUCUCGCUUUGAAUCCAACGCGUCCAACAUACUGUAUCAUGGAGAUGCUGUACCUUCUGUUGGAGCCGUUGAGAUGAACAAAGUCAACUAUCUAUGCCGUGUUGGUUGGGCCACCUUUGUGGAGAGGGUGCCACACUCGGACUCCAAUACUGGAAACCUCUCCGACUUCACAACUCAUUUCUCCUUCAUUAUUGACACCACAGGCAGUUCUAGUUAUGGUCAUGGGCUUGUCUUCUUCAUGGCUCCUGUUGGGUUUGAAAUCCCACCGAAUUCAGCAGGUGGCUUUCUAGGCCUAUUCAACACCACAACCAGCGAUUCAUCUCAGAACCAAAUUGUUCUGGUGGAGUUCGAUUCUUACGUUAACACUGAAUGGGAUCCUCCGGUUGAGCAUGUGGGGAUUAACAACAACUCCAUUUCUUCUGCCGUUUACACCUCUUGGAAUGCUAGUUUACACAGUGGAGAUACAGUAGAUGCAUCGAUUGUCUAUAACGCUACUACCAAGAAUUUGAGCGUCUCUUGGUCCUACGAAAGGACUUCUAAUUCAAAGGAAAAUACUAGUCUUUCCUACAAUAUUGAUCUCUCCAAGGUUCUUCCUGACUGGGUCACAAUUGGAUUUUCAGCUGCUACUGGUUCGUUUGUAGAGCGACAUACGCUUCUGUCAUGGGAAUUCAGCUCAAGCUUGGAAAUAAAAGAGACAAGUGGAAAGAAAGCAAAAAAUAUAAGAUUAAUCGUGGGUCUGACAGUUUCUGGUGGUGUUUUGAUAGCUGGGUUGAUUGUAGCAUUUGCAAUAUUCUGGAGGCAUAAGCAAAAGAAAAGAACAACAGAAGAGACAGCGAACUUAACAUCGAUAAACGACGACCUAGAAAGAGGAGCGGGACCGAGAAGGUUUUCUUAUAACGAGCUUGCUUUAGCCACCUACAACUUCUCAAAUGAGAGGAAAUUGGGUGAAGGAGGGUUCGGCGCCGUAUACAAGGGGUAUUUAACUGAUUUAGACAUUCCAAUCGCAGUGAAGAAAAUCUCAAGAGGGUCUAAACAGGGGAAGAAAGAAUACAUCACCGAGGUGAAGAUCAUUAGCCGGCUGAGGCACCGGAAUCUUGUGCAACUCAUAGGAUGGUGUCAUGACAAAGGUGAGUUCCUACUUGUAUACGAGUUUAUGCCAAAUGGUAGCCUUGAUGCUCACCUCUUUGGGAAGAGGAGUCCUCUCCCUUGGGUAGUGAGAUACAAGAUAUCUCUUGGGUUGGCCUCCGCGUUGCUCUAUCUCCAUGAAGAGUGGGAGCAAUGUGUGGUGCACCGGGAUAUCAAAUCCAGCAAUGUCAUUCUAGACUCUAGUUUCGCUGUCAAGGUUGGUGACUUUGGGUUAGCUCGGCUUAUGGAUCACGAGCUAGGUCCCCAAACAACCGGAUUGGCCGGAACUUUAGGAUACAUGGCUCCAGAAUACAUAAGCACUGGUAGGGCUAGUAAAGAGUCGGACGUGUAUAGCUUUGGGGUGGUUGCAUUAGAGAUUGCUACUGGAAGAAGGUCAGGUUAUCCUAUGGAAGAGGACUCUGACGUAGGGUUGGUUCAGUGGGUUUGGAAUCAUUAUGGGAGAGGAGAUCUUCUUUUGGCAGUGGAUGCGAAGCUGCAUAAUGAUCUUGACGAAAAACAGGUCGAGUGCUUGAUUAUUGUUGGACUUUGGUGUGCUCACCCUGAUCGAAGUCUUAGGCCCUCCAUUAGGCAAGCAAUUCACGUUCUUAAUUUUGAUGCAACAACACCAAAUCUUCCAACACAGAUGCCUGCUCCCAUGUAUCAUGUACCGAUAACAUCAGUCGGCUCCAGUGAACCUUUGAUCACUACAAGCCUUCAAGGGGUAGGUCGUUGAAUUAACUUUUAAAAACUGUUUAUAUUGUCUAUUAAUUAAUUGUCUGUUUAUCUGUGGGAUCGUUAAGUUCUAUGCAUAUAUGCAUCACACUCCUUGAAAAUGUGUUAUACAACUUCUCAUUUCCAAUACAAUAUCUUCAAAUGCUGAAUGAGAAAGACGCUCGAUAUGCCUUACUGCAUAACGGUCUCCUCGGACUGCAGAAGAAAUUGCUUUCUAAGAUUAGAUGGGAAGUGAAAGCCUGGUUGCGCUCUAAGGCGUCUCAGAAGUAGGCCCGUUCCUAUGUUCUGGUCCUCUAUUUUCUUGUUUUUCUUUUUCUUUUUCUUUUUUUUUUUCUUGUUUUUUUUCUUGUUUUUUUUUUUUUUUUUUUUUUUUU